AUGGCUUUGGUUGAUAACAUUACUUGCAAUGGUACAAGCAGCAGUGUUACAGAGUCUACACACAAGCUAGAAUGGAAGAUCAAACUAGGGUUUAACAUUUUUAUCUCAAUAUUGGUGUUCACUGGUAAUGCACUUGUCUUGCUUCUUCUAACUGGGAAGAAGGCUAAAACGAGAACUACUCCUUUCGAGCACUUUGUGGGGAACCUAAGCGUUUCUGACAUAGCAUUUGAAAUUGGCUACUUAACAGUUGUUUAUGUGAAAGAUAGGUCUUCGCUGUUUUGCAAGGCAAUUCUCCCAAUACAAUCCGUUUGUCUUACUGUAAGUAUGCACACAGUCGUAGCGAUUUCCAUCUUUAGAUUCCAAUCUACUACAAAACCACUUCACUUUAAGCCAGGGAGAAAGACUGUUCAUGGAACUAUUGCUGGUUUAUGGGGAUUAGCACUUGUUUUGUUUAUUCCAAUAUAUAUAGUUCUGAAAUAUAAAAGCAACUAUGUCCAAAUUGGUUAUGUUUGUUAUGAAGACUGGCCUUCCCAAACGAUCAACAAAGCUUAUACAGUCGCUCUUUUCAUUGCACAGUAUCUUCUUCCUUUGUUUGCCAUUGCCUUUUGCUACGUCAAGAUAGUCCUUUAUCUCAGAAGACACACGUUUCCACACGACUCCAGCGGUAACCAACUACAAAUUGCCCGAAAACGAAAGCAGACCAUGGAAGUUAUUCGUAUAUCUGUAGCGAUUAUUAUAUUAUACAACAUAACGACUUUACCAUUCCAAAUCGCUUGGCUUAGUAGCAUUGUAUUCCAAGAAAAAUCAUUUAGCGAAGUAGUAUUUUURUUUUCAAAUGAGUUGGCGACGCUCCAUAGCUGUUGCAACCCUGUUGUUUAUGGAGUGAUAUCCAAGCGUUUUCGUGUCGAGAUGAAAAGUUAUAUUAGUAAUAUUUUCUGCUGUUGCCGUAGAAAGAUAUAUUCCUUAAAUAAGAACACUCGAAAAGGUGAUGAGAGAGUGGAGUUGUCGGACUUAAGAAAACCAGAAGUGUUUAUCAUUAACAAUGGAAGAAAUCAAAGAUACACUUAA